AUUGCCCCUAUUUUCCAGAAAACACACUUCAACAUGAAGGUCGCCGUCGUUCUCGCCUGCCUGCUGGUGGCCGUCGCUGCCAAGCCCCAGUUUGGUAGAUUCGGAAGUUUCGGUGGAUUUGGCAGUGCCAGGGGAAGCGCCAACUCCGGAUCCACUCAGGGACAGUCCAGUGGACCCUUUGGAAACAGUCAGAUUCAGAACAGCUUCGCGAGCGCCGGGGGUUCCGCUUUUGGAGGUGGCGCCUCCCUGAACAGGGCAAGCAGCAACGUCGGACAGAGCAUCGGGCUGUUCGGAAAUCAGCAGUUCGCCAACAACCAGGCUACCAGCAACCAGUUCGGACGGUAACCCGUUCGGCCAGGGAAAAAUAUGUGAUACUGUCAUAACUGCAUGAGUCCUUGUAUGCAGCUUAUGCAAGUGUUUGUUCAUUGGAAAUAUCCUCGUGGUUUACAAUGUGUUGAGAGCUGUUUAA